UGAGAUGGAUUAUUUGCUCAAAGUCGUAGCACUGGUUGUCACGGCCUCGGCCAUAGCCAUCCACCUCUUGAGCCGAGCCAGGAAAUGUUGGGGUCCGGCCAACCUGCCCCCUGGCUCCCUAGGACUUCCGGUGAUUGGCCAGACCUUCAGCGUCUUCCGAGCCGCGCGCACCAACAGCGGCAACGAGUGGAUACAUGACCGGAUCAAGAGGUACGGGCCGGUUUCCAAGGCAUCGGUGUUGUGCAGGCCGACGGUUUUCCUGACGGGCCCGGCGGCCAACAAGUUCAUGUUCUUUACCAGCGGGCUGCGGAUGGGGACGCCCCGGUCCUUCCAACGUAUCUUCGGGGAGAAGAGUAUCGUGGACAUGCACGGCCAAGAUCACCGGCGCAUCCGUGGGGCGCUAAUGGAGUUCCUCAAGCCGGACAUGCUCAGGCGAUACACUGGGAGGAUUGACGCCAAGGUGAGGCGCCACCUAGAGGAGCACUGGCAAGGCCACACCACCAUCACGGUGCUGCCACUCAUGAGGGGGUUAACGUUCGACAUCACCUCCUCGCUACUCUUCGGCCUUGAGACGGGUGCCACGCGGGACGCGUUCACCCGUGACUUUGGGCGCAUGGUCGAGGGUGUUUUUGCCAUCCCGAUCAACCUUCCCUUCACAACGUUCAGCCGGAGCCUCAAGGCCGGCCGAAGGGCACGACGGCUGCUCGAGGUGAUUACAAGUGACAAGAAGGCUAAGCUAGGGCAGGGCAAGGCGUCGCCGAAUAGCGACCUCAUCAACCGCCUGCUCAGCAUGACAGACGACCAUGGCGAGCAGCUGCUAACCAAUGAGGAGAUUCUCGACAACGUCAUGUUCGCCCUGGUUGCCAGCCAUGAAACCACCUCCAUUCUCAUGACGUGCAUGGUCAGCCACCUCGCCAAUGAUCCGGCUACCCUCGCCGCCAUGGUGCAAGAGCAUGAAGAAAUUGCAAGGAACAAGGUUGAAGGAGAGGCUCUCACCUGGGAAGACCUCUCAAAGAUGAAGUUCACAUGGCAAGUUGCACAGGAGACACUUCGCAUCAACCCCCCUGUCUUCGGCACCUCUAGUACAGCACUCGAGGACAUCGAGUUCGAUGGCUACCACAUACCAAAAGGCUGGCAGGUGAUUUGGACGGCAAUCGCGACGCACAUGGACCCGAGCAUCUUCCACGAGCCAGCGAAGUUCGACCCAUCCAGGUUCCAGAGCCAGUCAUCCGUGACGCCACCAUGCUCCUUCGUCCCGUUCGGUGGCGGCCCCAGAAUAUGCCCUGGGAUGGAGUUUGCCAAGAUGGAAACAUUGGUGAUGAUGCACCACCUGGUGGGACACUUCAGAUGGAAGCUUUGCUGCAAGGGGAAGACUUUCAUGAGGGUCUCCUUCCCGUCACCACUGGAAGGCCUGCCGAUAGAACUCGAGCACAUCAAUCCGGGUGACCGUCCAGGGUUUACUAAAUAAGGAACCGAAGCAGGGUGGUUGCUUAUUUUGGAAAGUUGUGUCCUCGCCUUUUUGGUGGGCAGGUAAUAUGAUGUUUGAGUUUUAUCAGGGGUUGCUUGUCACCUGUUAUGUAAAGUACUAGUAUUUUGGUUGAACUCCAUAAUAAAUCGGCAUUUAUGCAUCUUGUAUGCGCAUGCCAGGUGUAAUGUACAAGUAAUACAUUUCUUUCCUACCGGAUUUGAGUUA